AUGGAGUCAGACAUUUUACAAGCCUCCCAGAAAACACUCAACUGUUUCAUUUGCCUGGGCAUCUUUACGGAUCCAGUCCUCUUAAGGUGUGGCCAUACCUUCUGCAAGGCCUGUCUCUUCCUUUUUUCAGAAAAUAUCCAAAUCCCUAUCCACUGCCCCAUGUGUUGGCAACCAUCCCGGUGGGAGUUCAGAACUGACCUUACUAUGAAGAAGCUGAUAUCCAAUGUCAGAAAAGAAAGGCUCAUGAAGUAUUUGAGUUCUGAGGAUCACAAGUGUGUGACCCACAAGGAGAGAAAGAUGAUCUUCUGUGAUGAGAACAGGGUCCUCCUCUGUCAAUUGUGUUCUGACUCCCAGGAGCACAGAGGUCACAGACACUGCCCCACUGAAGUAGCUGUUGGGGAGCAAAUGGAGAAAAUUCUAAAGCAAAUGGAAUCUUUAUGGAAGAAGAUUGAAGAACAUCAGGAGAAUCUAGAGGCAGAGAGGAGAAUGACCACUCAUUGGGUGGACUAUAUGACCCUACGUGAGAAAAUGAUCAGAAUAGAGUACAGGAAAGUAGGUCCAGACCUCGAAGACGAAGAAAAUCAACAUAUAAAGUGUAUGAAAAAUCAAGGCAAUACUAUUUUAGAGGAGCUCAGGGAAAGUGAAGCCAUGAUGUUUCACAAGAAGAGUCAACUAAUAGAAGCCUAUCAGGAGCUGAUGACAAUGUCCCAGAAGCCAUAUGAGGUGCUGCUGCUGCAGGAUUUGGAUGACAUGUUCAGAAGGAGCGAGUUAGUGCAGCUAGGCAUGCCGCAGGGUAUGAAACCAAAACUCAGUGCCCAUCCCAAUCCUGGGCUGACUGCACGGUUGAAAUUCUUCCAAGAGAGAAUUUUCUUUCAACAUUUAAUCACAUUCAACUACAAGAUGAGCCUAUUUUUUGAUAUCAGAAGAUUCAGUUUUAGACAUCACCAUCAAAACACAUCGCUGGAUUCAGCUGGAUCCUAUCGUGCUUCCUGGGGAGCAAAGAGCUUCAUCACUGGAAAACACUAUUGGGAGCUGGAUUUGAAAAACUAUGAGAACUGGGCUGUAGGGGUCUGUAACCGUAUCUGGUUAAGGAGGAGACACAAAGAGAUUGGAUCCGAAGGUGCAUUUCUUCUUGUGUGUUUGAAGGAGGGUGAUCACUACAGACUCCUCACCACCUGCCCAGUAUGUUACCACUAUAUAGAGAAGCCAACUGGCCGGGUUGGCGUGUUUCUUGAUUGUGAGGGUGGAUGUAUAAGUUUCCUGGAUGUAGCCAAGAGUUCCCUCAUAUACCGCUACUAUCUUAGAACUUUACAUUGCAUUUUCAGGCCUUUCUUCUCCACUGUCUACACAUGA